AUGGACGAGCAGGAGCAUGACAUUAUUGUUCAUUUUAACAACUCUAUUUUCACCAUUAAUAGGGUCGACCCUGAUAGUUAUUGUUGUAUGGAUAUGGUAACAGAUGUUGCAGAAGUUACCAAUGUUUUUAUGGGUGAUAGUUUAUCGAAGGUAAUGAUUGCUAUUACAGUUGAUAGGCCAAAUGGUAAUGGAAAACUUGGGAGAGUCCCACCUCCUCCAAAUGUAGGAAUAGGUGAAGAGCCUAAUGUUGAUGACAAUGAACGUAAUGUUAAAAAUGAUGAUAGGGAUGCAAAUAGGCAUGAAGUUGAUUAUGUAAAUGGGGAUAAACAUACGGGUGCUG